AUGGAGAGGAGAGGAAGCAUCUACAAUAUGCAGUCUCUGCUUCUUGUUUUCUUGGUGUGGGACCCAGCCAGGUUGGUGCUGGCUAACAUCCAAGAAGAUGAGGCUAAAAAUAACAUUACCAUCUUUACAAGAAUUCUAGACAGACUUCUGGAUGGUUACGAUAAUCGGCUUAGACCAGGACUGGGAGACAGUAUUACUGAAGUCUUCACAAACAUCUACGUGACCAGUUUUGGCCCAGUAUCUGACACUGAUAUGGAAUAUACAAUUGAUGUGUUCUUUCGUCAAAAAUGGAAAGAUGAAAGACUAAAAUUUAAAGGCCCUAUGAAUAUCCUUCGACUUAACAAUUUAAUGGCUAGCAAAAUUUGGACUCCAGACACCUUCUUUCACAAUGGGAAAAAGUCAGUAGCUCAUAAUAUGACAAUGCCGAACAAGCUGCUUCGAAUCCAAGAUGAUGGGACUCUGUUGUAUACUAUGAGGCUUACAGUGCAAGCUGAGUGCCCAAUGCACUUGGAGGAUUUUCCAAUGGAUGCUCACUCAUGUCCUCUGAAAUUUGGCAGCUAUGCUUAUACAACCUCAGAAGUCACUUACAUUUGGACUUACAAUGCAUCUGAUUCAGUACAGGUUGCUCCUGAUGGCUCUAGGUUAAAUCAGUAUGACCUGCUUGGCCAAUCAAUUGGAAAGGAAACAAUUAAAUCCAGUACAGGUGAAUAUACUGUAAUGACAGCUCAUUUCCACUUGAAAAGAAAAAUUGGGUAUUUUGUGAUUCAGACCUAUCUGCCUUGCAUCAUGACUGUCAUUCUCUCCCAAGUGUCAUUCUGGCUUAACAGAGAAUCUGUGCCUGCAAGAACUGUGUUUGGAGUCACUACUGUUCUAACAAUGACAACACUAAGCAUCAGUGCUCGGAAUUCUCUCCCCAAAGUGGCUUAUGCCACAGCCAUGGACUGGUUCAUUGCAGUCUGCUAUGCAUUUGUUUUCUCUGCGCUGAUAGAAUUUGCCACUGUUAAUUACUUCACCAAAAGAGGAUGGGCUUGGGAUGGAAAGAGCGUAGUAAAUGACAAGAAAAAAGAGAAAGCUUCAGUCAUGAUACAGAACAACGCUUAUGCGGUGGCUGUUGCCAAUUAUGCCCCAAAUCUUUCCAAAGAUCCUGUUCUUUCCACCAUCUCCAAAAGUGCGACUACACCGGAACCCAACAAGAAGCCAGACAAUAAACCAGCGGAAGCCAAGAAAACCUUCAACAGUGUUAGCAAAAUUGAUAGAAUGUCCAGAAUAGUUUUCCCAGUUUUGUUUGGCACGUUUAAUUUAGUUUACUGGGCUACAUAUUUGAACAGGGAGCCUGUAUUAGGUGUCAGUCCUUGAUUCUGGGCAUGGGUUAUCUUUGGGAUGUAUAGCAACAUUAAACUUGAUUUGUUUUGCUAUGUACAGUCUAACUAAUAACUGCUAAUUUGUGAUUCAAGAUGUACAGUAUGUAUAUAGUGAUCUAGCUUACCAAUAGACCUUUAAUGGAGACAUGCAUUUGCUAACUCACUGAACUAUGGCAGAAACCACCCUAUGCCAAAAGAGCCAUUGCCUUUUGAAAUUUUUUACCCUAGGAUCUAGAACAAAGUGGAUUUUCGAAGACUCAAUUUAUUUCCUAUUCUUUGGAUAGAGCUGAAAAUGAAUAGCUUGUAUCACCCUUUAUGGAGGCGCUUGAUUCUAUUCGUCAAUAUAGUACUUUCCACUGUGGUUUAAUUAUGAUAGAAGAUGAAUGUUGACACUCACAAGAUGAAUUCUUCUAAGUAGCAGAAUCUCUUAUCUGCAACACCAGUUCCUUUCACGAGGGCUCAAAAUCCCUGCUAGUAUAAUUGGAAGCUUGACAUACAUACAAAGCAGAUGAAACCUAGAGAUUUGAAAUCAGCUUUUAAUGACUAUGUAUACUAUCUAUAACCAUGUACAUAUUACAGCAUGACAAGUUCAAAUCGUUGAGUCACCUUCACAGGAUGUUAAUUAUGCUUACAGUUUAAUAACCAUUGGAAUGUCAAGGUCAUCACAUUUUUAGCUUUUGCAUUUAUUUGAAAAUGAUCAUUGAAAUCCUAAAACCUAUUUCAAUCAUUGGAAAUUACCUUGAAAUU